AUGUCUUUAAAAUCUACGAAAAAAAUCGAUCAAAAAGAAUAUUUAAAAAAGUAUCUUUCUGGUGAUAAAAUAAGAAAGAAGAAAAAGAAAGACAAGAAGCGCAAAAAGGAAACGGCCACUGUAAAAAUUAUCGAUGAUGAUCAGAUUCAAUUAGAUCGUGUUAUUGAUAUUGACGAGGAACUUUUAUUGACGGGUGAGGAUGCACCGCAAAUAGUAGGCGAAUACAUAGAAUUGGAUCUGCCAAAUGAGAAAAAGUGGAAAAGCAUUGCUGUCAAAGAAGAACCAUUCGAAGAAAACACAAGCCAACCGACAGCUGAUUUAGAUCUUUGGGGCCGCAAACCUGGAGAAGUGAAAAUCAAAAAAGAGCCCUCUUCCCCAACAAACGCAAAAAGCAGGAUCACGACGGAUAUGUCACCACCUCGAAGAAAGCAAAAUAAAUAUGUGCAACCCAAUCAACAUAGAGAAUAUAACGGGAAAUCUGGGAAAUCUUACAUUACGGAUUAUGAUUCAUUACAUCACAGAAAUGAUAGGAAAUUUUCAUCAAGCUACUCUAGACAAGGCACAUCUAGAAAAACUGCCAGGCAGUCUAUGGAUCAAUCACCACCGCGUAAAAGUGAUAAACACCAAGGGAAAAAUUACAACAGGUCACCAGAUAGAAGAAGAAAUUCGAGAAGAAAUUCUGCAGAUAGGAAAGAGGAACAGCUAUUGCCACGAAGGGACAAUGAUGAACCUGCUUUUCGAAAAGAUAGAAAUCGUGAGCAAUCACCGACAAAUCGGACGAAACGAAAAAAAUCAGAGGAAUCAGCGUUAAGUAGAAAGGAUAAAAACUCGGAUCAAUCACCCUCAGAAAAACGUAGAGAUUCCGAUCAAUCACCUCCGAGACGAAGGGCGAAAAGUCCAAGGAAAGAAAGGCGAAAUUAUUUAUCCUCUGAUCGGACGUCGCCUAGAAAUAGAAAAACUCAACGCAAUCGCUCAUCAUCUGAUCAAUCUCCAGUGCGACGCAGAAUUAAAGAAGAGAAACUCUCUGAAAAUGAUUUGUCACCUCAACGAAAAAACAACGUUGAACAAAGAACUUUCUCACGUUGGCAACGGAGCAAUCGAAGCGAAUCACCGCCUCCCACGCAUAAGCCUAAAGCCAUGAAGACAUUAGAUGGAAAAAAGGCAGGUUUACAAAACGCCAACGAAUUGCAAGCUGAAGUCGCCGAAAGGCGACGUCAAGAGGAUAAUCUAUUCAAUAAUAUGCCUUCUGAUUUAACGGGUCGUGAUGCUGAGGUAAGAGUACGUAACACCGGACGGCUGGGGCGUAAAGGUCAAGCUGCUCGUGAAGAAGAUCCUAAAGCAAAGAAGAAACGCGAAGCUUUUGAGCAACAAGAAAAGGAAUUAUACGAUCGUUGGGGUAAAGGCCUUAAACAAAUUGAAGAUUAUCGCCAGCAAAAAGCAGAUGAAGCAUAUGAAGGCAGUAAACCUUUGGCACGUUAUGCUGAUGAUAAAGAUUUGGAUAAACUCUUACGUGAAAAAGAACAUCCUGAUGAUCCAAUGCUAGAGUAUAUGCGUCGACGUCGCAGAGAAAGAGAAGGCGACAAGUUAACUAAACAAAGUAUAGCGGCAUACGAAGGACCCUAUCCAGAAAAUCGUUUCGGGAUACGGCCUGGUUAUCGCUGGGAUGGCGUUGAUCGCUCUAAUGGUUAUGAAAGCAAAUGGUUUGCUGCACAGAAUGAGAAGAAAGCACGACAAGAAGAAGCUUAUAAAUACAGUGUAGAAGAUAUGUAGAGCACUCCUAUCUUUU